UCCACACUACACGAAAUGGGGGCAAAGCACCAGCGCGGCGGAAACAGUACCGCGGCACAGACUGCGCCAUCACCACCAGUCCAUCUCGCCCCAAAGCCCAGAGGCUCCUCCACUCGCCUUUCCCCUCCCCUCCGCCGCCGCCUCCUCUCCCUCGGCGCAGCAUCGCCCCCUCGAUCCCGCGCUCCCCCGGCCAGUUCGCGGUCUCCCGCCGCGAUUCCGCGCGGUGGGACGGCCGAUCCGGCCGGGCCCUGUUCGUGUGGUGUGGGCACGUAGCUCGCUCGGAUUCGCGGGGAGAAUCGGCGGCCGGAUCGUACGAUGGGCAGUGAUCUUCUACUGGAUAGUGUGGUAUUGUGCUGAAAUCACCGCGGACUCUCUUUUGUGACUGUCUCUGAUACUGAUUGGUGUAUUGGGCCUCUUCUUCUUCAUCAUCAAUGGGCAUUGUGAAGGUUGCAAGUGGUGCGCCUAUAGCGAAGAGUGGUUACAGCCGUGAAAAUGAGGACCUUACACAAGAGGAGAGAUUACUGCUUGAGAGCUUUCCUAGUCAAGGUUCUGCCGAUGACUGCGAACAUGCGGAGGUCGAUUGUGAGCUUGCAAUGUCUGGAGGCCAGUUGUGCAAUGUGCCUUAUGGGCUUUAUGAUCUGCCUGGGUUAAAUGACAUACUGUCUCUGGAGACGUGGAACUCAUGUCUAACAGAAGACGAUAGAUUCCGUCUAGCAGCAUACCUCCCGGACAUGGACCAACAUGACUUCUUUACGACAAUGACGGAGCUCUUGAGUGGCAGUGCUAUGUUCUUUGGGAGUCCACUUAGAGGGUUUUUUGACAGAUUGAACGGUGGAUUUUAUUCUCCAGAAGUUUCUCGGGCACGAGAAUUACUGAUGAACUUUCAGAGACGAAGGUAUUAUCAUUUUCUGAAGUUGUAUCAUGAUGGCAUUGUUUGGAAGUUUGCGUGCAUGGACAAGCUGUGGAGAAGAAAUCUUGUGGAUACUAGUCUUGAGGAGAAGAUUCACAUUUGGCACAACUGGAUACAAGAGAAGCUUCUCACAUUUGCAGAUCCAAACAGUUCUCCUUUGAAUGCAAGACUAUCAAAUAUUGGUGAGGUUGAAGCUGCCAGUUUUGCACCAUUGAAGCGAGCUAAACUUAUAGAAGGGACAUCAAGUACCAAUUGGUCAGCCAAAUACAAGGAGAUAGUCCAUGGAGCAAAAUCAGUGGAAAUUAGCUCAUUGAAUAGUCACAUUUUUCACCUUCGAGAUGUGCCCGGUGAAAAAUGUACCAAACCACCAAAAGUCGUGCUUAAAGCAAAUGCCGACAGUGAUUCCUUUGCUCAUGGCAAUGCAGGAAUACAUCAUACACCAGGACUGAUCCCACUCGCUCAGCUGGGAGUGCAGGUCUCCACCUUUUCUCCUUAUGCUUUUUCACAGCAUGUACAUAAUUUUUCUGUGAAUCCAUCUUAUCCUUUAUACAUAAACACAAGGAGAAGUUCUUUAGGCAGUUCAAGCUCAAAAGCCUGGCAGUCGGAGGGUGCACUAGAAACUUACCCUAUCUUGGUCAAAAGCCCAUUUGGAGUCCAGCAUGCUGUUUUAGAGGAUCUCAAAACAGGCAACCAUUCUGCAGCGUUGAGUGGGUAUCAGUCAGCAGCUAAACCUAUCACAGCAUAUUCAGAUGAAGGAAACGACACAAGAGAAUCCCUCCAUGAGAAGAACCUUUUGAAGAACUUUGGUCGGCCGGGUGCCAUGGUUCCUGAAAGUUCUCCUGGUCUGUAUGUGAGAACCGCCAUUGGCCACGAGACGAACGGAUUGAUGAAAAUGUCCAACCCAGGAAAUGCUGACAUUAUUUCUGAGAUGCUUACCCUUGGUGCAAGCACAAACCCACCUUAUAACUUCCCGAUGCAGUCUGAAACAGUGCUCAAACAGCAUCAUGAUGGACUGAAGACGAAGGCACCUCCUUUCAUGAACUCUGCUACAAGAGUUGAAGGACAUAGAUUCCCUUACACAUACACAAGGAGGAAGCCACACAGGGCGGUCGACCUCGUGGAUCCUGUUGAGACGCCGACCAUGGUGGGUUCAGAGACAGCGAGUGGGCUGGCUAGCAUGGCAAAUGUAAAGGCGAAGGGCAUCAAACUUUGAAGUUUGCGAGCAACAAACAAGGAGAUCUGAUUAUAGAGAUGGGGAGUUGGCUUAGCAUCUAGCUAACAUAGUAAAUAAGGGGAAUGUUUUGCUUUCGGUUGCGAAGUCGAAUUGGCUGAAGCCUCCCUUUGUUACAGUAUCAUUCGGUAUCUCAAUAGAACAAGUAGUUAACAAUCCUGUUAGAUGAAAUAUGCAAAGCAGUCGAGUCUCACACCUAAUUAUUUUCCAAUGACUCUUUGCUGCAAUUAUAUAGUAAAUUCUUACGGGCUUCA